AUGGAUGGAAUAAUAUUCUCUCUCGCCCUGCGCGCGUCACCGGGGGCGUUCGCGGACGCGUGGACGCCGUGCGCGGGGAUGAGCGCGUUCGCCGUCGCGUCCGCGAUGGCGAUGGAACACGGCGCGCGCGCGUUCGAUCCACGCUCGACGGCGCAUCGCGCGGCGUGGCGCGAGAUGACGAUGGCGUACGCGCGCGUCUUCGUGACGUGGUUCGCGUGCGCGUGCGCGUGCGCGUGCGCGGCGACGCGGGCGUGGCGAGGGACGGCGACGAUGAGCGCGGUGGGCGCGAGCGCGACGCUCGACGCGCUGGGAACGACGGGUGAGCGCGAACGCGCGGUCGGACGCGCGCGACGCAUCGUGAUCGAUGGUAUGUGUCGCUCGGGGGGGGACGUGCGCGCGCGGGGGGGGGCGUGGGGGGCGUGCAUCGGCGCGUGGGCGGGCGCGGCGACGAUACCGCUCGAUUGGGAACGUCCGUGGCAGCGGUGGCCGGUGAGCGUCGUGCGAGGGAUUUGCGCGGGGAAGCUCGCGGGGGUGUGCGCGGCCGCGAUGUACAUCGUCGCCGCCGAAAUCUCGGGGUACGAUCCGCGUGGGGACGUCGUAGAGACGAAGAAGACGAAGCGUCGGACGUCUCGUCGACGCGCGGAGUGA